GCGCAGCCUUGUACGCGGUCGACGCGGCUUGAAAUACGAUAUCCAACCAGCCGCAGUACCACGCGGUAUAUUCCAAUUGCCUGUGCAAGUGCCGCAACAAAUAGCGCACGAGAAGCCGCGCAAAUAGCUGUACACAACCAUGCUGCGCUCUGUCGUGGGCACGCUCGUGGCUCCGCAAGUAGAAAAGUUCGUCUUCCAGCACGCGCUGAAGACGACACCCGAGGAGCUGCUGCGCGGCGCGACGCACGCUGCCAACACGAUCUCGGAUGAAUUGAAAAAUGGACGCCACGACCUGCAGGCGCGCAAGUUCGUCGACGCGACCUGCCAGAAAUCGCUCAUGCGCGACCUCGCUGCACAGCGGGAGGCGCGAACACCGAACGCCUACGAUGCGACCGGCGCGGCCAGGCUCCACAACGUUCGGAUGGUCGUCGGGCCGGACCGCGCCGCCUGCGCGAAGGCGCGCGAGCCGCUGCAGCGAAUCGAAUUGGGUGAUUGUUUGGUCGUCGUGGGCGGCGUCGACGAGUUCCUGUACUCGCAGAGCACUCAGGAGCGGUUAUUGGCCGAGUACGGCGCGACGGUCCAGGCGGAGGUCGUCUUUGACGAGGGGUUUCCCGUCGACUCGAAGCACCACGCCUCGUACGUCUUCGAGACGUUCAUCCCGGGCGCCCGGUUAUUAAAUCCGGACUUCGACCACGACUAUUCGUUCACCGUCGUCGACAUCAACGGCGUCGCCGCGGGCAACGCGUUCUGGACGCGCGCAGCGCCGCACUCGCGACCAUUCUCGAUCAAGGACGCCGCGCGCCUCUUCACGGAGUAGUAGAAGCCCGUCCGCCUCGCACAAGUCUAUUGUUAUCCCUAUCCUCUAAGUUGCUUACACG